UUUCAGAGAUUAUGCAGACACAUGAUUUUUGCUUUUAGUGAUUUUUUCAUUAUUAUUAUUAUUAUUAUACUUUAUUCUUCUUUAUUCUGUGUUAUUCUAUUUCUUUCCCACUUUACAACAGCAUCUUAGAUUUGUUUCAAUAUGACAUGCAUAUUCAUACAUAUAUGGAGAUCUAAACCCAGCACAUUUUACAGGCCUAACCCAAAAUAAUGCCUCCCACACAGAGCAGAUGAGAAGACAAUAAUGGGAGGCAGAUAAUUUGUUGACAUUCAGUGGAUCUUCAUCUGACAAAUCCUGAAUUUUUUUUUCAAAAUAGAAUAGUAUAUUUAGAGAAAGGCAAUAAGCUGUCCAUUUUCCAGACAUAACUUCUACUAAUAAAAAAAUGUAUAUUUAUUCAUCUGAGAAAAAACCACCCUUGGGUUCUUUCCAGGAGACUGCUGGCUAAACCUGCCUAGGAUUAAAAACUGAACAGAGGAAUCCAGGGUAUGACUUCUGAGAAGUAAACUUCACGGACUAGGGUAGAAUUUACUCCCAAAUAAGCCUUAUGCGAUUCAGAAGAGGGUUAGCAAUCCUAACGGAGGAGGAGGGCGCUGAAGACUGAAGCAAUCGUUUCCCAUAGGUUUGCAAGCCUGGCUGACCACCCCUCGGGAAGAUCCUGGGCGCCGGGCUACCAAGUUCCGCGACGGCGGCUGCAGCAGGACCGUUAGUGCGCGCGCAGUUUCUCGCCAGUUCGUCGUUGCCGCGACCAUGAGGAGCCUCUGGUGGUGGGGCGCGGCGGAGCUGGCGACUGUCCUCUUCCUCGGAGAAGCGAAAAGUAAAUUUGCACCUUUGCCCGACAUCACCAACCGUACCUUUAUCAACCAAUACAUCGACAUCCACAACAAGUUCCGCAGCGAAGUCAAGCCCUCUGCCUCCAAUAUGCUCUACAUGACAUUUGAUUUAGCUUUAGCUAGAAUUGCUAGAGCAUGGGCAAAUAAAUGUGUUUGGAAACAUAAUCCUAAUCAAAGGUACCAUCCUGAUCGUAAAUUUAAGCCAACUGGAGAAAAUAUGUGGUUGGGAGGUGCAAGCCGAAAUCCAUUUAAUGCUAAGGGUCCAAUUACAGCAUUUCACAAUGAGGUAAACUACUACACUUUCUCUACCCAUCAGUGCACCAAAGUAUGUGGACAUUAUACCCAGGUAGUUUGGGCUGCUUCAUACAAAGUUGGCUGUGCUGUUGUUUACUGCCGUUACAUGGAUGGAAAAGAAAAAAAUAAUAACAUUUUAGUGUGCAAUUAUGCUCCAGCAGGCAAUUACCGUGGAGUACGCCCUUAUAAAGAGGGAAAACCAUGCAAUAACUGUCCAGAAGGAGACACUUGUAAAGACAACCUCUGUAGAAAUCCUGAACGUGAGAAAGAAAACAGCAUUCGUUAUUCACGAUGGUAUCCACCAUUUGAAAGGCGGAUUAUAUGUGAUCCAUCUUGCAUUGCUGUUGCAGUUUUAAGACCAUUGUUAAUGUUUUUGGCAUUUGCUGUUGUUUAUUACUUACAAAUCUGUUAUCCAGGUUUAAAUUUUUCUAAAUAAUCUUCAGUAUUUUGUAUGCAUAAAACUUUCUUUGACUACUUUUGUUAAUUAUAAGAUUAUAUUUACAUGAAUUGUUACAUUAUUUUCCUGUUCUAUCUUUUAAAAAUAGAUUUGGUUCAAUUCAUUGUUUUUAUGGAAUUUUGUCAAACAAAUUCUUAAUGUUUUUUAAUUUUGGUUACUGUACUAAUACAGUACUGUAUUACUGUACUAAUAAAGUUCCUUUUUUGUUCAGAUGAUACUAAUAUAAAACAAAAUGUAUUUAAUAUGUUCCAUGUUUUGUAAACAUUAAAAUAAGGGAGUUGUGAUUAAUAAAUAUUAAUAUGAUAAAUUGCA